ACUGUCACUUGUCAAUUGUCAACCUGGAAAACGACUUGUCGAAGUCGCAUAGUUUUUAUAAGUUUAAAUAAACUAAAUUAAAUAUAAAUACUUCGAGAAUGCAAUAAUUAUUAUUCUUUAACUAGACCCACAGCUUAUUAAUUAGCAGAAGUAGUAGCAGACUUAUACUAACUAGCAUAAGGAGAAACAUAUUAACAUAACAUGGCAGACUUCAUAGAUUCUGAAGCAGAAGAAAGUAGUGAGGAGGAGGAAUUAGAUCAUAGGGAUCGUAAAAAAGCCCAAAAAGCCAAAGUUGUAGAUAGUUCAGAUGAAGAUGAUGAAGAUGAUGACGAAAGACUGAGAGAGGAAUUAAAGGAUUUGAUUGAUGAUAAUCCUAUUGAAGAAAGUGAUGCUGAGUCUGAUGCUUCAGGAAGGGAAAAACGUAAGAAAUCUGACGACGAGGAUUUGGAUGAUCGACUGGAAGAUGAAGAUUAUGAUUUGCUUGAAGAAAAUUUGGGUGUUAAAGUUGAAAGAAGGAAAUUCAAGCGACUGCGGCGUUUUGAAGAUGAAGAAAGUGAAGGAGAAGAAGAACAUGAUCCUGAACAAGAUAGGGAACAAAUUGCUAUGGAUAUAUUUUCAGAUGAUGAUAGAGAUGACCAACAAAAAAAGGACGAUGAAAGACGAUCAGAACGAAGUCACAGACCUGCCGUCGAACAAGAAACUUAUGGUGUAGGCGAGGAAGAAGAGGAAGGGGAGUACUCGGAUGCCGAUGAUUUUAUAGUUGACGAUGACGGUAGACCGAUAGCUGAAAAGAAGAAGAAGAAAAAACCAAUAUUUACUGAUGCCGCUCUCCAAGAGGCUCAAGAAACCUUCGGUGUCGAUUUUGAUUAUGAUGAAUUUAGUAAAUACGAUGAAGAUGAUUACGAAGAUGAAGAGGAGGAGGAUGACGAAUACGAGGAAGAUGAUGUAGAGAAAAGGAAACGGCCUAAAAAGACUUCAAAGAAAAAACCGACGAAGAAAUCCAUUUUUGAAGUGUAUGAACCUAGUGAACUUAAAAGAGGGUUCUUUACCGAUCUCGAUAAUGAAAUCCGAAACACUGAUAUUCCCGAAAGAAUGCAACUUCGUGAUGUUCCAAUCACCGCUGUUCCGGAUGACUCAACUGAACUUGAUGAUGAAGCAGAAUGGAUUUACAGGCAAGCGUUUUGUAACAGAACUGUUUCCAAUGUGGAUUCUCAUUUAUCAUCAGAGGCAAGAGAGAAAUUAAAGAAGACUCAUCAUGCCAUCGGAAAAAUCAGAAAAGCAUUAGAUUUUAUAAGAAAUCAACAAUUAGAAGUACCGUUUAUUGCUUUUUAUAGAAAGGAGUAUGUUCAACCGGAACUUAAUAUUAACGAUUUGUGGAAAGUAUAUAAAUACGAUGCAAAGUGGUGCCAAUUGAAAACACGCAAAGAAAACCUCUUGAAGCUUUUUGAAAAAAUGAGGUCAUAUCAAACUGACCACAUAAUGAAAGAUCCAGAUGCACCAAUUCCAGACAACCUUCGUAUUAUGACUGAGUCCGACAUUGAGCGAUUGAAAAAUGUUCAAACCGCCGAAGAGUUAAAUGACGUUCACAAUCAUUUCAUUUUAUAUUAUGCUGCAGAUUUGCCAGCCAUGCAUGCCGCGUGGAGAGUCAAAGAAAGAGAAAGGAGAAGACAGGAAAGAAAGGAGGCUAGACUUAAGCUCAUCGCUGAAAGUGAAGAAGGUGCUGAAAUUCCUGAAGAGCCUGAGGAAAUUGACGAUGAUGAACCAGAAGCUGAAACCUUAAAAUACGCCAAUAGAUCAGGCAGCUAUGCACUAUGUAAUAAAGGAGGUUUGGGUCCUCUAGCGAAGAAAUUUGGUUUAACGCCUGAAGAAUUUGCCGAAAACCUGAGAGAUAAUUAUCAGAGGCACGAAGUAGAUCAAGAACAUAUAGAACCUGUAGAAGUCGCUAAAGAAUUCGUAUCGCCGAAAUUUCCUACAGUGGAAGAAGUGUUGCAAGCUACUAAACACAUGGUAGCUUUACAAAUAGCAAGAGAACCAUUAGUAAGGAAAUGCGUAAGAGAAAUUUUCUUUGAACGAGCUAGAUUAAACGUUUAUCCAACCAAAAAGGGUGUGAAAGUUAUAGAUGAAGCUCAUAAUUGCUAUAGUAUGAAGUAUGUAAAAAAUAAACCAGUAAGAGAUCUUGCAGGCGACCAAUUUUUAAAAUUAUGUUUAGCCGAAGAGGAGAACCUCCUUACUAUUACCAUCAAUGACCAUAUUCAAGGAAACACUACUAACAAUUACAUUGAUGAAGUCAAACAAUUAUAUAUAAAGGAUGAAUUCAGCAAACACGUUCAGGAUUGGAAUGCGCUAAGAAUGGAAUCGGUAGAAAGGGCUUUAACGAAAAGUGUCUUACCAGAUUUAAGAUCUGAAUUAAAACGAACGUUGCUCACAGAGGCUAAAGAAUUCGUAUUAAAAGCUUGCUGUAGAAAAUUAUAUAAUUGGAUAAAGAUUGCUCCAUACGCAAUAACUUUUCCCGAUGAAGACGAAGAUGAUUGGGAUACAUCCAAAGGUGUUAGAACUAUGGGUGUAGCAUACGUACCAGAGCACACAGUAUCAGCUUUUACCUGUAUUUCAGCACCAGACGGAGAUAUAACUGAUUAUCUCAGAUUACCAAAUAUUCUAAAAAGAAAAAAUAGCUUUCGAACUGAAGAAAAACUUAUGAAGGAAGCUGAUCUUCAAGCACUGAAAAAUUUCAUAUUCCUUAAAAAGCCUCAUGUGAUAGCAGUAGGGGGUGAGUCCAGAGAAGCCUUAAUGAUCGCUGAUGAUAUCAGAGGAGUAAUAAGUGAACUAAUAGAAUCCGACCAAUUCCCACAGAUUAGGGUUGAAAUUAUUGAUAAUGAAUUAGCCAAAGUGUACGCAAAUUCCAUUAAAGGUUCAACUGAUUUCAGAGAUUAUCCAGAGUUGUUAAGGCAAGCUAUUUCAUUAGCUCGAAGAAUGCAAGAUCCUUUGGUUGAAUUUUCCCAAUUAUGUAAUAGCGAUGAGGAAAUUUUGAGUCUGAGGUUUCAUCCCUUGCAGGAACAAGUCCAGAAAGAAGAACUACUAGAAGCUCUCUGUUUAGAAUUUGUCAACAGAACAAAUGAAGUAGGUGUAGAUAUAAAUCUUGCCGUUCAGCAGAUUCAUAAAAGUAGUUUAGUUCAAUUCAUAUGCGGUCUAGGACCGCGUAAAGGUCAAGCGUUACUUAAAGUUCUGAAACAAACUAAUCAGAGGCUUGAAAACAGAACCCAAUUGGUUACAUUUUGUCAUAUGGGUCCAAAAGUUUUUAUUAAUUGUUCUGGAUUCAUAAAGAUUGAUACCAAUAGUUUAGGAGACAGUACUGAGGCAUAUGUUGAAAUAUUGGAUGGCUCUCGAGUUCAUCCCGAAACUUAUGAAUGGGCACGAAAAAUGGCUGUGGAUGCUUUAGAAUAUGACGAUGAUGAGGGAGCUAAUCCGGCGGGAGCUUUAGAGGAAAUUCUCGAGGCGCCAGAGAGGUUAAAAGAUCUUGACUUGGAUGCAUUUGCGGAGGAAUUGGAAAGACAAGGAUUUGGUAACAAGAGUAUAACAUUGUAUGACAUUAGAGCAGAACUGAACUCGCGAUAUAAAGAUUUGAGACAACCUUUUCGUUCUGCAAAUCCUGAAGAACUAUUCGAUAUGCUUACUAAAGAAACUCCCGAAACAUUUUAUAUUGGAAAAAUGGUUACAUCUACCGUGUUUGGCAUUGCAAGGAGAAAACCAAAGUCAGACCAGCUCGAUCAAGCUAAUCCGGUCCGUAAUGACGAAACUGGUUUGUGGCAGUGCCCCUUCUGUUUGAAAAAUGAUUUUCCUGAAUUAUCUGAUGUAUGGAAUCAUUUUGAUGCAGGAGCAUGUCCUGGUCAAGCUACUGGAGUUAAACUAAGACUGGAUAAUGGUAUAUUAGGUUAUAUUUAUAUAAAAAAUAUAAGCGACAAACCAGUUGCUAAUCCGGAAGAAAGAGUAGGCAUAGGACAAUUAAUUCACUGUAGAAUAAUAAAAAUUGACGUAGAGAAGUUUAGUGUUGAUUGUACAUCGAAAUCUAGCGAUCUUGCUGAUAAAAAUCAUGAAUGGAGACCUCAACGAGAUCCUCAUUAUGAUCAAGAACGUGAAGACAAAGACAAUCGAUUAGAAGCCGAGAAGAAGAAAGAGAAACAGCGUAUGACGUACAUCAAGAGGGUUAUCGUUCAUCCGGCGUUCCAUAACAUAUCCUAUGCCGAAGCCGAAAAAUGUAUGGUUAAUAUGGACCAGGGUGAAGUUAUCAUUAGGCCUUCGAGUAAGGGUGCGGAUCAUUUGACCAUUACUUGGAAGGUUACGGAUGGAAUCUAUCAACACAUUGAUAUUAAGGAACAAGGGAAAGUUAACGCUUUUUCUUUAGGAAAAUCAUUAUGGAUUGGAAAUGAAGAAUUUGAAGAUCUUGAUGAAAUAAUAGCUAGGCACGUUACACCAAUGGCGGCGCAUGCUAGAGAUUUACUGUAUUUUAGGUAUUACAAAGAUUUCCAAGGUGGUCAUAAAGAUAAGGCUGAGGAAUAUCUAAAAGAUGAAAAAAAGAAAAAUGCUUCUAAAAUUCAUUAUGUAGUUAGUGCUGCUAAGAAUAUACCUGGUAAAUUUCUUCUUUCGUAUCUUCCACGCAACAAAGUUAGACACGAAUAUGUAACAGUUACUCCAGAAGGCUUUCGGUUUAGACAACAAAUGUUUGAUUCCGUUUCUUCGUUAUUUAAAUGGUUCAAAGAACAUUUCCGGGAGCCUCCGCCAGGCGGUGCAACACCAGGUAGCACGCCAAGGAUGGCUUCAAGCAGAACUGGAUAUGGAAGUGCCACACCCGCGUAUAGUAUGAAUAAUGAAGCUAUUCAAAGAGUUGCUCAAAAUUUGCCAAGUCAUGUAGUUCAAGCGUUAUCUGCUGCCACCAACCAAACUCCACAUUAUCCCCACACCCCUGGUUAUGGAGGCAAUUAUAUUAAUACGCCUUACACUCCAAGUGGUCAAACUCCAUACAUGACUCCGUACGCUACACCCCAUACGCAGCAAACUCCCCGCUAUGGUCAUCAAACACCUUCCCAACACAUGGCGAGCUCAGCACCACAAGGUCUCAACAAUCCCUUUUUACAUCCUGGCGCGGUGACUCCCUCCCAACGAACUCCUAUUUAUCGCAACCAUCCUGCACAAUCUCCAGUAAUGCUUCCUACAAGCCCUGUACCAAGUCCAGGUUCCCAGAGUUCAUACAGUAGUCAUUUAAGUCAUAAUCAGCGAAGUGGAAGUUAUGCUGAAUCCUUAAGAUUCCAACCUCCCGAAUCGCCGAGAAGCUCAGUGAGUAAUAGAAGCUUUCAAACUGAUAGAUACGGCGGUGAUAGGUAUGGUAAAGGAGGAAGUCAUAGAUAUGGUGGAAGCUCAAACGAAGAUAGAUAUGGUAAGGGAGGAGGAGGAAAUGAAAAUACGGAUUGGCAGAAAGCUGCAGAAGCAUGGGCUCGAUCUAGAUCUACUCCGAGAAGUGAUGGCCGUAAUACUCCAAGAUCUGUAGGUCAACGAACUCCUAGAUACGACAACGACGCCGAACGUUCUAGAAUGAAACACCUCAGCAAGAGCCCGAGGUCUGUUAGGUCUACUCCUCGAACCAAUACAUCUCCACAUUCUAUGUCCCUAGGUGAUGCUACCCCUCUGUAUGACGAAAGUAUCUAAAUUACUUUGUAUUUGGUUAUAUAGUAGGGUAACAGUGAUAUUGUAAAUGCUAAAAUCAACAAUACAGAUUCGCGAUAUUAAGUCACAAUGACGACCUCUCGUGUAUUUCGGCUGAACUAGCAUCGAGGGGCUUUUUAAUGUCAAACGCUGAGCGUGCAUGCAUUUGAAUCAGGUAGGUAAUAUUCCUUAUUUAUUUUUACAUGUUUUAAAUUAAUUAUUGGGUAAUAUAAAAUGAAUAACAUGGAAUUUUCACGUUUCAAUAAAAGUUGGCGUCGACGUUGUAUAUAAAAUUUGUAAAAAAAGUGUAACAAUAAAUACUGAAUAUUACCUACUUGUUUCAAAUGCAUGUUUCAACGUUUGACAUUAAAAAAUCCUCUCGAAGCUAGUUCAUCUGAAAUCCACUAGAGGUCGUUAUUAUGACUUUACAGCGAGAAUAAACUUACGAAAAUAUUAAGAGUGUUACGCAAAUAUUACCUGAUCAUCAAAAAUAUAUAACUGAAAAUAAUAUUGAUGUAAUUAAAUUAUUUGUUAAAUUAUUGUUUAAAUUUAGCGUGUAGAUAUUAAAAAUAUGUAUAAUUUUGAAAUUGGUUAAGGGUUACAUACACACUGUAGCUAUCCAUUCUACGUAAUGGUCCUAUUCUUGUGUCUAUUUAUUUCUUCUUUUUCUUAUAUAGGAUUGAUGCUGUGAUUGAUUUUCAAUACUAUUUCCCUCUAUUGUUCUAUAUUUUUUAUUACAAGUCAUAUAUGCAAUAUGCAGUACUUUUUGUUGAAAAUUUCUUACUAUGUUCAACUACUACGUUUUUUGUUUUAGUUUCAUUAUUAAAUGUUGAAGAAAAUUGUGUAAAAACAUAUUCUUCUUUUUCAUUUUUAAUAAAUAGUUAAUGUUGAGUCCAUUGUAAAAUUUGUACUUUAUUAAAAUAUUUUUUAUUAUUUUUAAUAGAUAAAUAUGAGGUGUAGCUAUAAAGUAACCAGAAUAAUGUAAGAUAUUUAUGUAAAUUUUUUUCAUAGUUAUUAUUGCCUCAAUAUACACUUCUCCAUCAUUUUAACCCUGCAUGUGGAUGGACACUUUCUAUUGCAAAUUAAAUAUUUUAAACUAAAAAAUGGUUAAUAAAAGAAAUAAAAAAAAAAUUAAAAAAAUCGUUAUCAGUGAUGUCAUUCCUGGUUUGUACAGAGUACGGUAUCUUAUACACACAAUUUUAUCAUUGAAAAAACUUCGUUUGGUACUUCCUUGAUAAGUCACUACAACUAGCUUCACUCUUUCCAUGUUCUUAAAAGUCCUAUAUUAUAGGACUAAUCCAAAGACGAUUAUGUCCAUAAUAACUGAAGACCUAAGUGGAAGAAGCAGAUAUGUCAAAUUUUCUAAAAUUCUGAGUUUCCUAGUGAAUGAAGGUGAUACCUCUAUCAUAUGAAACUUACACUGUACCACUAAAUGUUAUAGUCGGUUCGCUAAACUCAGACACAACUGGCACACACACACACACAUGCUCGUAUCAACCCCAGACCCGGGGGACAUGUGUGUUCCAAUGGAAAAGUGGGACCCACAUGUCCGAAGAUCAAACCGGUCACACCCCGUAAUGGAGUGGUAAGUAUCUGACCCCCCAAGCUAUACCACCACCCCUCCCCAUCGAAGGACAUAACGAAUGGGGAAGCGUUGAACUUAGCGUUACUUUAGAUGCCCUGGGUAAUGGGACAUCCUCUGUAUUACUUGAUGUGGUUAAGCCACCUGAUUUUAGGGGUAGCUAGAAGAGCUUUUCUCCCUAUAACACAACUGGCUAGUGAUUUUAGUAGGUAAUUUUUUUGUUUUUGGCCAAUUUUGCCAAAAUUAUUAAUUAUUUAGUAAUUUUUAACUAUUAAGUAAUUAUUUUUUGCCAAUUUUACCAAAUUGGCAAAAUUACUUACUAAAAUCACUAGCCAGUUGUGUCUGAGUUUAGCGAACCAACUAUAUUAAACUUUUUAUAGGUACAGUGUAAGUUUCAUAUAAUAGAGAAGUCACAUAUCACCUUCAUUCACUAUAGAAAGUGUGACAUACCUCCUUCCUCCACUUAGGUCUUCAACUCAAAAUGUGUUAAAUAUAUACAACUAUGUAAUACCGAAUGUUGAUAUUUCCAUAUAAGUGUCAACUGACCGUUUAUGUUGAUUACAUUAUUUCAUAUAGGCGUCAAUAUUAUAGGCGACUUGGAAAAAAAAUAUCGAGUUUCAAUUAACCUCACAGACAACUAUUUCGUACUCUGAGAUUAAGGAAAAAAAUAUUUAAUUCAUAGAUCAUGAAUUAUGAAAAUCCAAUAUCCACAGCAUUUGCAUGACUGUAAAAAUGUACAUGACAAACGUACAUUACAAGAUACUGAAAUAUCUUGCAUUAAAAUGUUAUGAAAACUUGCUAUAAACUAUGCUUUGUUUUUAAACCAGGAGCAGUAAACUAAAAAGACAGAUUCACACCCAAGAAAGUCACUAAAAAAAUCACCAAAUACAUCUUCUUUUUUGGUUGAUCAUAUCGGCCUUCGACGGUAAUCCAUAAAUAUCAAAUUAUACUAAUACGUCGCUAAAGAAUUCUAAAAAUAGCUGUUUUUGUAUAAAAGCAGGCUAAAAAUCUAAAAAUUAAAGGAACAACGCAGUAAACACAAAAAAUCGCUGAUAUAACUUAAUUAACCUAUGAAAUGCCAAUAGUGUCAAAAUUUCAUAAAUGUCAUUAGUGUUAAAAUUUCAUAACAGUGGAGUAAACUUGCCUGAGGUUGGACGCGGUAAAUUUGAAUUACUCCUCUUGAUUUAAAAACAGAGUUUGACUUGAUUCCUCCUCUUGAUUUAACUCCUCUUGAUUUAAUAACAAGGAAAAAAUUCAAGAAAGAAAUUAUGUUAACUUUAAGAACUAGUAUUUUAUUAGUCUAUGCCACAUAUUUUUUAUACUUUAGUUAGAGUUAAAUGCGUAUCGUCUACUUCCGAAUUUUAUUAUUUUUUCCAAAGAUUCAGGUAAUAAGUAACACUGUUAAACAUAUUUGACAUGACGAUGUUAUUAAUGUCAAAUGCUGCUUUUAUACAUCUUGUUUUUUAUAUUUUGGUAAAUUUUCAAUUGGAAAUAUAAAUGAAUAUCACGUUUUGAAAAAAAUAAUUUUAAUUAACAUGUAGUUUAAUUUUUUAUUGGUAAUAUAUUGUAGUACAGUAA